AUGGGUAAUUCACCUCACAAAUUGUUCUACAAAGGUACAGAUAACGAUUUUGUUAUAUUUGUUGAUGAUGCAAACUUAUUUGCUAGGUACAAGAAAGGAGAUAAAACAAUUCCGCUUAUUGAUAUAGUAUCCAUAUUCAAGGUCUUUAUAAAUAGACAAGGAGGUGUUGAUGGUAUAUUAGACGAAGCUUCAAAACAGGACUUGAAUAACAAUUUCGGUACUUCAAAUAUCGAUCAAGUUAUCAAGAUUAUUUUAGAUAAAGGUUCAGAUAAGAGUAGUUCGGAUUUCGCUACACAAGAAAAUUCACGAAAUGAUUCGCUUGGUGCUGGUAACACUGGAAACUAA